AUGGAGAUGACACUACAAUUGAGCAGAGUGCUACGGCACCAUCCCCGCGCACCCUCUGUCUGCAACGCCUGUCGUAGCUUCAGCUCAGCCCCGGUCUGGUUCUCUGGACACAGCAAGUGGGCAACGAUCAAACAUGACAAGGCCAAGAACGACAAGUCGAAGAGCAAAGAGCGCCAGAUGGUGAGCAAGGAAAUCAGUAAUGCAACUCAAUUAUGGGGUCCCGAUCCGAAAUACAACCCUCGCCUGACCCUGGCGCUGUCAAAAGCAAAGCGCGCCUCCAUUCCCAAGAUCGUCAUCGAAGCAGCAAUCGCGCACGGCCAGGGACUCAGUGUAACGGGACAAGCACUAGAGUCAUUGACGAUUGAAGCAAUUCUGCCCGGAUCCGUGGCUGCAGUGAUCGAGUGCCAGACGGAUCAAAAGGCGCGUGUGCUACAAGACAUUCGACACUCAAUCAAGACAUAUGGAGGUACCGUGACGCCGACUACAUUUUUGUUUGAGAAAAAAGGCCGAGUCACCUUGGAGAAGAAGGACGGCUUGAAUCCGGACGACUACUUGGAUCACGCUAUCGAGGCUGGAGCAACGGAUAUUAUCGCGGAUGAGGAGGGCCGCUUGGUCGUAUUCACCGAUCCAUCUGAAACGAAGAAAGUCGGGGAGAGGUUCUCCGAACUAUCGGGUCUUACGAUUGAGGGGCUGGAGUUCUUCUGGGAUCCGAAUCCAGAUACCUUGGUUGAGGUGCGGGAUGAAGAGCAGGCUGAGAUUACUCGGAAUCUUCUUAGCUCCCUGCGCGAUGAACCGAGCGUACAAGACAUCUACCUGAACACGAUGGACAAGCUGUGA